AUGCUCAGCUUGGAAAACGUGCCUUGGCUCAAGGGGCACGAGGUCGACGGGAAGAUUGUGCUUCCUGGUGCUGCAUACAUCGCUAUGAUCGGAGAGGCACUUCGACAGUUGGACAGUGAGGGGACAUUUAGCCUGAGGAAUGUUCGUCUGACGGCUGCCAGAGUGAUUCAGUUUGGUCAAACCACCGAACUCCACACGAGCCUAAAGCCAGUCGAGAUCGAAAACUCCCCGUGGUACACAUUCACCAUCAGCUCCUUUGAUGGCACGAGGUGGAUCAGUAAUUGUUCCGGCGAAGCAAGAGCAUCAUCAGACGACUUGGUCUCCUUGGCAUCUGCAGCUCCAUCUCGUCAUUCGUUCCCGCGAAAGGUAGACGAGGCCAGCUGGUUUGGCACCAUGAAACUUAUCGGGCUCAACCUGACCGGCGCAUUCAGGGGGAUGAAAUCCAUUUCUGCUGCAACGAUGGCCAAUGAAGCCCCUGCCACAGUGCCAUCGCCAGACGAGCUGCUGAGGAGGGAAAGCUAUGCCCUGCACCCUUCCUCUAUCGAUAAAUGCUUCCAAGUAUUAUUCAUUGCAGCCGGAUGCGGCCUUGGUCGUAAUAUGAAUACACUCUCUAUUCCGACCUUCAUCGAGGAGAUAGUGGUGUCGCGAAGUAUGACCGACUUGCACGUUGUGGGUGAAGUCGGCACAUUGGUGAACGGUUGUCUCACAGGGAAUUUGACUGUGCACGACGGCGGUCAGCAAGUUCUCUACCUGAAAGGUUUCAAGUCAUCUACAGUGACGGCCGAUGCAGGAGCAGCCACGCAACCCAUAAUCACGCAGUUUCAAUGGAGUCCAAGCAGUGAUUUCGUCAACCUCGGCGAUUGUAUGCAUCCACGGCAAGAGAUCCCAAGCCCCUGGCCGUUAUUGGAGGAGCUUAUCACCCUGUGUGUCAUCGACCACCAGAAGCGGAUCAAACUGGACGAUGCAGUGCCGCCGUAUCUCUCACUGUUCGCCAAUUGGAUGCAACUCCACACCGACAAGUACAUAUCAGGGGCAAACGUGUUCGUCUCCAAUGGUCUUCAUUUACAAGAGUUCAGAGGAGAGAGCAGACUGGCCAGGAUUGAAGAGAUAGUGGGCGAUUUAUCCACAUCCUCGUGGUCCCCGUACUCCACUGCCAUAUACCGUCUGUUCAAAGAGGCCCCCGACAUCUUUGCCGGCGAGGUUAAUCCGCUUGGCAUCCUUCUCGAGGGCGGCUUGCUCACCCGACUCUACAAUGCGAGUGACGCACUCGAAUUCUCUAGAGCACUUUACCUGAUCCGCAACAAGAACCCACGGCUGAGAGUCCUGGAAGUCGGUUCAGGAACCGGCGGGACAACGGCAAAGGUGUUAUAG